ACAACAACAACAACAACAACAGCGCAUCGGGCUCACACACACUCUCUAGCCAUGGCGCGUGGAAAACAAAAGGAAGAGCCAGAAACCUGCGCCCUGUGUCCGGCCUCGGGACAGCCAGUCUUCUCCGCACCUAGCUCCUCGACCGCUGGGCCUUCCUCGUCCGACCAGUCGCCCGACCUCCAGUGGAUCGCGUGUGGCAAGUGCAAGAAGUGGUAUCACUCGGUCUGUGUGCUCCAGUCAUCCGAGGAAUGGGCCGGUACCGUGCCGCCCGAGCUGCGGGAGCAGGCGGACGCGAGUGCCUUCGGCGCAUGGUUCGACUGGCCAGCACCAGUGGCCAAGUGGUACUGUCUAGACUGCAUUGCCUACUCGACGUCCCCGGACAACCCAAAGCCCCCACGCCAGCCAUUAGCCGCCACGUUGAAGAAGCCGCGCAAGCGUGCGUCAACGACCGCAUCUCCAACAAGAAAGCGCUCUCGCCUGAGCUCGACCGACGCAGCUCCUGAGCCCGUUGGCUCGGCAGUCGACGCGCCACGGCCUAAGCGAAAGGCGGCGCUCGAUAGGCCAGAUUACUGGAAUAUGCACAACCACAUCGCGACGCCGACCAAGAACUGGCUCGACCUUAUCAAGGACCCGAAGAAGUACGGCCGGGUCAUCAAGCCUGACAACUUCCCUCGUGUCCCGGGAUCGCUGUUGAGGAGGGAAUGGGUCGACUCAGGCGCGUCGCCAUCAGAUCUCGGCGUCUCGGAGCCGGCCUAUCCGCCCGAAUUCCCCCCGACGCUCUUCUACGGCCCGACAAGAGAGCCGCUGGUAGUCACGGCGGCAGAGGGCGGGCUCUCAUCCAUGGGUGGAAUGGUACCAGACGCCAGCUUGACCGUGGACGACGUUGCGCGGCUGGUUGGCCCAGAAAAGCUCGUGGACGUCAUCGACGUCGCGACGCAGCAGAGCUCACAGUGGCCCUUGGCCAAGUGGGCCGCGUACCUCAAGGCCAAGGCAGACCCGUCGGCCGCGGGCCCAUCAAAAGUGUACAAUAUCAUCUCGUUGGAAAUCUCCGGCUCGGAGCUCGCGCAGCUUGUCCGCCCGCCCAAGAUUGUCGCCGACGUCGACUGGGUCGAGAACUACUGGCACUUUCCCGGCGGGAAGGAGGCCACCAUGCGCGCGGCGGCGAAGAAGGAGGAUGACGAGGCCGAGGGGGAGGACGAGGGCAAGCCUAGGCCACGGCAGAAGAAUGACUGGCCCAAGGUCCAGCUGUAUUGCCUGAUGGGAAUGAAGGACUCGUGGACAGAUUGGCACGUCGACUUCGCCGCGAGCUCGGUGUACUACAACGUGCACACUGGGUCCAAAGUCUUCUUUUUUAUCCGCCCGACCGAGGCGAAUCUGGCCGCUUAUGCACAGUGGUCUGGAUCCCAUGAGCUCCAGUCCAACACCUGGCUACCAGAUAUGUGCGACGAGGUGCGCAAGGUGACCCUGACCGCGGGCGAUACCAUGAUCAUUCCUGCGGGAUACAUCCACGCAGUGUUCACCCCAAUAGACUCUAUCGUCUUUGGAGGCAACUUUGUUCACUCCUACGACAUCCCAACGCAGCUACGCUUGCGGCAGAUCGAGAUUGACACCAAGGUGCCGCAGAGGUUCAGGUUCCCGUUCUUUGAAAAGCUGUGUUGGUAUGUCGCGCAGAAGCAUGUGUCCGACCUGCGUGCAGUGCGAACAUACCGCCCCGGUGGCAAGCAGGCUACCGUCACCAAACCCGGCGACCGUGUCCUACAUGGCCUCGUCUACCUCGCUCGCUUCCUCAUCAGACAGGUCCAGAUGAUGGAGGACCCAAAGACCGACGACAAGCAUCGGAGGUUGAUCUGGAAUCGGAUACCGAACGAGGUACAGGACGCCGGGGCCCUGGCGCACGAACUGCUGUGGCGCGUGGAGCAGGAGCUUCCAGACUCGUGGGAAGAUGAGGAGGAGGUCAAGGUUGAGGAGACAGGGGGAAAGGGGCGCAAGAAGAAGGGCUCGGCCGCGGUCAACGGCUCGAAUGGAUCAAAGCCAUCGUCCCUGCCGCGCGCCAAGUCGUUGCAGCUGCUCGACAAGCCCGCAUCGUCCAGGACAUGGCGCUUCUCCCCUGCCCCAUGGGAGCAGGAAGACAACCCGAUCGCUCAGAACAGCACUACUGUGAUGCUCCCUCGGCCAGGAGCUACCGAAACCGAGGAGGCAGAGGUCGUCGAAGCAGUGUACAGCCAGCGCCGGAGGCGCACACGCACUGAAGAGGGCGAGCUGGUGCUCGAGGAGCAGGACUUGGUGUUCACCGAGCGGCGGACGAUCUGGCGAGGAGCGCAGCUGCGUACCGGGCGAAAACUCUUCUCUCCCGCGAGCCUGCGGUACGACGACGCGCCAAACACGCAUGUCGAGCUGCUCGACGCCGCCUUCCCCGGCGCAUUGCCAGUGAUCGACCCCGAGGCCGUGCGGCUGUCCCUCCUGACGGCCUUCGCGCUCGGCUGCGACAUCAACCCGCGCUCGACGUUUGAUAGGAAACACUACUUCUACCAUGACAUUCCGUCGUCGUAUCAAAUAACGCAGCACUACAACCCCAUCGCGCGCGCCGGGUCGGUACGCUUCGAGCACGGCGAAGCGGGGGUCAUGCGCGACUUUGACGUCGGCAUCGUGCAGCUCCAGAUCGAGCAGGACACGGCCAAGAGCCAGACCGUCGGCGGUGAAGUGCUCGUCGACCUCAACCGUGCCGGUACGGGCCUCAUGGAGGUGGUCACGCAGCCUGACAUGCGGAGCGCGGAGGAGGCCGGCGCGUUUGGAAAUCUGCGCGUUGACGCCAAUGUGUCAGUUAGGAGGCCGGGAGAGCCGUUCCGCACACGGUGCGAGAUCAAGAACGUCAACUCUGUGCGGUUCCUGCAGCAAGCUGUUGAGGCGGAGCGCGCACGACACAUUGAGCACUACGAGACCAACCCCGACACACCGUUGCGGCAAGAGACACGCGGCUUGAACGAGAUGACGGGCAAGACGUACGCGCUCAGGUCGAAGGAGGAGGCCGAGGACUACCGCUACAUGCCCGACUCUAACCUGCCUGCGAUUGCCGUCAAGGAGGACUUCCUUGACUCGCUGCGCGAGUCACUACCCGAGAUGCCUUGGGUGACGGUCAAGCGCCUCACCUCCGCGUACGGUCUCGACUCGCGCGACGUCGAGACUCUGAUCGGCCUCGACGAGUACCACGGGGCGGGGAUCGCGUACUUUGAAGAGGUUGUCGGGGGCGAUGUGGCUCUGGGGCGCAAGGCGUCCAACUGGAUCGCGCACGAGCUCAUCGGCCAGUUGACCAAGGUCAACAAGACGUGGACGCCAGAGGCUGUCCCCGCGGCCUUGCUGCGCGAGAUCAUCGUCGCCGUGGAGGAGAGCAAGAUCACCGGCUCAACAGGCCGUAACGUGCUCAAGCAUGUUCUGAGCACCGGGUCGGCCGGCUCGCUCGACGACCUCCUGACGGCCCUGGGCAUCACACCGUCGUCUGCAGACGACCUCCGGGCCCUAUGCGACGCUGUCAUUGCCAAGCUGCCCAAGGAGGCCGACAAGGUGCGCAAGGGCAACGACAAGGUAGUCAUGCGUCUCGUGGGCGAGGUGAUGAAGGUCAGCAAGGGGACUGCAGACGCCAAGGCAGCGCGCGAGCUGCUGCUCGACAUUCUUAGAGCAUGA